CUAUGACACAAUACAAACGUUACAAUAAAUUACAUUAACAAUAUAUAAAUACUUUUAAAAUCAAUUAAGUGCCGCACAACGUUAUCUUUUCCAGACCUGCAGAAUGACCGACUUUUGCCUCACAAUUACCCUAAAAACUCCGCCCCUCACUACCUGUCGUCGAAGGACAGAGUUCAGUUUCGAUUGAAGACGAAACAGGCAGUUGCUGGGCUUGUUGCUGAAAUAGAGUUUGAGAACUUGAACUGAACCGUCCUGUAUAGCUCUCAAGAUGUCAUCGUCAUACUCAGGGCUCCAUAUGAAAGCCCACUUCACCACAGUGAUUCCAGCAACUCUCGCAGCUGCCCUGGGAAGCUACUUGUUUUACCGAUACAUCUGCUGUAAGACGUCCACAAAGAGCUGGGUGAACUUGGAUAUCAAGAAAGACAGUGUGAAAGUGGUUGACAGCUUUGACAUUGAGGACAUUGGCUCGAAGGCUGUGUACUGCAGGUGCUGGAGGUCUAAGAAGUUUCCAUAUUGUGAUGGAGCUCACAGCAAACACAAUGACGAGACUGGUGACAAUGUUGGACCUUUGAUCAUCAAGAAGAAGAAUGCCUGAAUACCUCUUAUCAGCGUGGCUGUCAACAACUGUAUAACCUGACAGUUUUCAAAAUCUAUUGUUUUCUACAUACAUGUUUACUACUUAUUGUGGCAGGACAAAAUGGAAGAAACGGUGAUCUUUCCUUGGUGUUAAGCUUGAUUAAUAACUGUGUCGCUCCUUCUACUCAACAGGAAUUGGACACACCGGACUAUUCUGCUGAUUUGUGUUUUUUAACUGUUCUCAAUACAUGAAUUGUUAAAAGAAUUA